AAGAGGUUUUUGGUUAAUAUGUAAUGUUCUUAAUUAGCAUAAUUUAUAUAUUUAUGAUAAAGAGCGGGUGAAAUACAUAAAAUGCCGUCCCUUGGAUUGUGGCAGUGCCUCAGUUAAGUCUCUGCAUGUUUGUGAUAAGCAGCGGUUUGGAAUUAGUCUGCGUACAGAUUAUUAUUAUUGGAUGAGGAUGGGGGUGGGUAGGCUGGCAGGAGCUGCCAAAGUUUGGAGCGAUCAAGUAUUUUUGCGGGAGGGUGUAGGUCGCGGCAUUGCACAGAAUGCCCCAUUACACGUUUUCUUACCAUAAUUUAAACGAUCAGAUUGCAAUCUUGGAGGUGUGAGCCAGGAAUAUUUUGCAAAGAUAAGUACCCUGACGAAACGCUUUAAAGGCCCUUUCUAGGCCGCUUAAAAAAAUCGUAUGUCGACCGUCAAAUCUGCAGCUUUUACGUCACAAACACAGCGUUCAGCAGAUGAAAAAUAAUUGGGAAGAUGCAAUUAUUCUAAAUAAAAAUGCAUUCGCCGGCGGUAUAUGAUGCGGCUGGGGUGAAGAGGCACAGCUAGCACAGUUAGCGCAGUUCGCUGUGCGGCGCUUCCUCUGACUGGGGGCGCCCGAAGUGUCCGCAGCCCGGCUGGAAGCGCCGCUUUGCCCUGCUUCCCCCUACACGGAUCCUGACCCACCUAAAGCCUGAUCUUAGCUACAUAAUUCAUGAACGACUCUUAUUGUAUUUGUGCGCGUUAUGUAAGCUUAUGCAUAUUAACACAGAUGAGACCCCCCACAAGAGCCAAGUUGCCAAAUUGAUACGAGGAGGACAUUCAAAUACCCGUAGAUAGGUAUACAAUAAAAAGGCUUUCGGGAGGGAGUUUUGGGUUGCAAAUUUUGAAACGUGUUAGGUUAUUUUUUCCCAAGCCGUGCCAUUCUAGGUUUGAAUUUGCGACGCAACAUGACAGGAAAGUCGAAAUAUUGUUGUAUUUUCUGAUAACAUCUUAAUGCUUUGCAAGACAGCCAUGGUUUCUGAAGUAGCACAAUCAUCAGUCGUGUUGAAUAGGGACGGAAAUAUAACUUUGUCCACUAUUUGGUAUUUUGUCUUGAGUGUACAAAUAUUUAUAGUUUUAUGUUUAUGAAUAUUCGCAGCAUAAUAUUUUGUGACGUUAUCACUAUAUUAGUGUGAACUGCAGAUAACUGCUAGACAUCAAUACUUUGUAAAGCACUUUAAGGUUGUUUCUUAUGCAGACCUGACUUCCAUUUCUGGUGUAAUUUUGUAUGAAUUAGCUGGUUGUGUUGGCGUUGGGGCACCACUCUCCUGUAGAUUUUGGUCAGUCAGCAGUAGUCAUUCCAUGUAAGUAGGUAGUUGAUAAAUUGAUUAAUUACCAUUUGAGUGCCCACAUUCACAUAGAAAUGCUGGUAGAUUGUGCUGUGUGUUCAGUACUUGUACUCGGGCAUGGGCUCCUGGUGCUAAUGCCGCACCCGCUGGCCGUGUCGUCCGCACAGCAUGCGGGCACAGUGAGCACCCGGCCGCUGUGAGUACAGACCAUGGAGUCCGAGGAGCUCGGCGCUCAGGACGCGCCCCUCACCGUGAAUGAGCAGACAUUAGGUUCCUGCACUUUGAAAUUCCCUGCCCGGGAUAACCAGGUGAUAGUGAUGUCCGGCCAUGAGACGAUACGUGUCUUGGAGGUGGAGGUGGACGCUGGACUUCCGGCCUCUGGCCCCGGCACGAAGGUGGAUGCAGAGGCUGAUGGGGCGGGCCGGCUCGCUUUGGAAGCAGUGGAGGUGGGAGUUCAGGAUGCCCCUGUACCCCCCUGUAGUACUGGGGGAGCAGUGUUGGGUGACGGAGGCCCAUCUGUGGAAGUGGCAGCCCCGACGGUCCAGACCGCAGCCCAUCCGUGUCCCCUCAGCAUGGCCCUGUCGCAGCCCCAGGCCGCCGUGCCCGUCACCGUCCAGGCCUGCCCUCCGAUGCUCACCCAGGAUAGCCUGACCACCCUGAUGACGGGGAUGGUGGCCCACCAGCCCGGCUCUCUUGGCCAGCCCCUGCUGAUCCCCAUUAGUGUGGCGGGCUCCGUGGGCGGCCAGGGCGGCCUGGCCGUGCUCACCUUCCCCACGGCCACCGUGACCACCCUCCCUGGACUGACGGCGGCCACCCCUGCGGGGGGCGUCCUCAAGCUGCCCUUAGCUGGUCUGCAGGCUGCCACUGUGCUGAACACAGUCCAGCCGCAGCUUCACGCAGCUGCGCAGACAGUACUGCAGCCCCAGGCGGGAGCGGCGGCCCUGCAGUCGGUGCAGGCGGCGCUGCAGCAGCCGCAGACCACACAGGCUGCUGCGCAGGUGGCUGUUGCUUCCUCCGCUGCUGCUGCUGCACCCCGGGUUUCUGAAGCCAGUGUCUCCAUGGCAGCACUGCAGAACGCAGGGAUCUCCCUCAACCCAGCUAUUAUCAGUGCCGCGUCUCUGGGGGCCCAGCCACAGUUCAUCAGCUCCCUGACCACCACCCCGGUCAUCACCAGCGCCAUAUCCGGCAUGGCGGGGCUCACCAGCCAGAUCAUCACUAACGCACAGGGACAGGUAAUCGGGGCUCUGCCUCUCCUGGUGAACCCAGCUUCGCUGACAGGGGGUGCCGCUGCCUCUCCUCUCCAGGCCCAGGGCUUGCAGGUACAGACCAUGUCCCCUCAGCUGGUGCUGAAUGCCCAAGGCCAGAUUAUAGCCACUAUUGGGAACGGACCUGUCUGCACCCCCACCUCAGCCUCGGUGAUUCCCAAGCCCUCGGUGCCCCUGUCGCUUUCAAAGUCCACGUCGCAGGGCCAGGUGGUGACAGUGACUCAGGCUCCUGUGGUCAUUGCUCCCCAGCCGUCAAUCGUGAAGAACGUUGCCCCUCUAUCCUCCCCAGCUCCUGUCACCUGCAGUGACUCUCCUACUGUGGGCCAGCUUGUCAACAAACCUCAGCCAGGAGCUCCGGAUGAAGAGGGCAUCAACCUGGAAGAAAUCCGUGAGUUUGCAAAGAACUUCAAGAUCCGUCGACUCUCCCUAGGACUCACUCAGACCCAAGUCGGGCAGGCUCUCACUGCUACAGAAGGUCCAGCCUACAGCCAGUCCGCCAUAUGCAGGUUUGAGAAACUGGACAUCACGCCCAAGAGCGCCCAGAAACUUAAACCAGUCCUGGAGAAGUGGUUGGCAGAGGCGGAGCUGUGGAAUCAGAAGGGCCAACAGAAUCUGAUGGAGUUUGUCGGUGGAGAACCGUCCAAGAAGCGUAAGCGCCGUACCAGCUUCACCCCACAGGCCAUCGAGGUGCUGAACACCUACUUUGAGAAGAAUGCCCUCCCCACAGGCCAGGAGAUCACUGAAAUCGCCAAAGAACUCAAUUACGACCGUGAAGUGGUCCGAGUCUGGUUCUGCAACAGGCGCCAGACCCUGAAGAACACCAGCAAGAUCAACGUUUUUCAGGUGCAGUAAUGGAGGGGAGGAGAGAACCAGCUGGACCCAGGAACCGAAUUGUGAGCAAAGGAAAGUUUGAGAUUAGAUGGUUUUAGAAAGUGAGGAUGAUGGGAAUAGAUGUUGGGGACGACCCCAUGAUUCUGAUUGACUUUGGAUGGUGAUGAAGGACAUUGAACCUAGGAGUGGAAUGGGCCAGGAUUUUGACUUUACACACAUGCACAAACAGAAAUGACUUGUGGCAGAUGUUUUUUCCAUUUGGAAGACGGUUUUAAAAGCUGUUGUGAAACACUUUGAAGGAUUUAUGUUUUUCCUAGAAAGACACCCAGGAGGUGCGGCUGAGCUGUAAGAUGCCCCCCACCCCGAGUCCUUUAUAUUGUUAAAUAAUCAUCGUUGUGCAUACCUUCACCUCUUCUAGCCAGACGCUGUUAGAGGUGACUCACACAGGUGGUGUGGGAGCCUGAUCAACUUGAAAAAUAUGCAGUUGCUUUUAGCUAAUGGACACAGAAGCAAAUUGUUCCCUUCAGUGCAGGGAGACUAGUGGUGGCUUGUCUCUUUGAGGUGCUCACACCAGACUGUUCCUGCAAACUUAUGAGCGAUGGUGUGCUUGGAUGAAGGCCUCACAUUCUCAUAUGCAUUUUCAUUUGAUGG